UGACAUCCGGUUUUAGUUCAAGAUGGCAGGUCAUACGGCUGGGGAUCCGCUGGAAUGUUAUAGUAUUCCAAUAGUUUUGGAGAAAGAGCCAGAUAUUGAUGGUCAAGGAAAUCCGGUUCUAGAGCCUGAUGGUAAACAAAGAUUCCGGUGUGGAUUCCGGAUUGGUGGCGGGAUAGAUCAGGAUCCCAGUCAAAGUCCACAAGGAUUCCCAGACAAGGGAGUGUACGUCACGCACAUACACGAGAACAGCCCGGCAUCUCGCUGUGGGCUACAGCUUCACGACAAACUGCUUCAGGUAAAUGGUAAAGACUUCACGUUAGUGACACACAAGCAAGCUGUAGAAUACAUCCGGCGGAAACCGGUGCUCAAGAUGCUGGUUUACCGUAAGGGCGUUCCGGCGCUGCAGAAGACUGUGGGUCAGACCCAGUUCCAGGCAUACACCCAGCAACAGCAGCAGUAUUCACAGCCACAGUUCCAGCAGUACUGAGCUCAACACAUCGACCGUCGUAAUACCUACAUAUCUAAUCUCACUUUGGAAACCAGGGGCGAGUUCAGGGGGACAGGUGCUGGCAGACGUUUGGACUCGUUUCCAAGCUUCACUAAUUAUGGGUGGCAGGCGGUGAUUUUUGACAGCAAAAUUGCUGUCUUUACUGCUGCCUACAUUUCUUGACAAGUAUACAGCUUGCUGAACUCAGUAGAUAGGGUGGCCUAUUUUUCUUAUCCUAUAUUUGUAAAAUAUGAACAGUUUAUCUUGUCCACCCAGUUUACUGUCUUAGUUAAGAUGUUUUCGACUAACAGAGCCUGAUUUAACAGCACAAAAUACACAUUUAUAAUCAGGCAUUGUAUUUUUUCAUUUAUUUUCAAGAAUUGACCAGAAUCAUAAAUAUAAUGUAAUACAUGUAUAGAUAUUUUGGAAUUCCAUCUCUAUCUUCUGACCUAAAAUCUAGGAUUCGUGGAAGCAUGGAAUCUUGCUAAAUUCACAGCUUGUUAAUUCAUUCUGCAUAUCUAGCAAAAUGUGACUGGCUAAUCGAAUCCAUGUGUGGCACUAAAACCAGCAUUAUCGUGUCAGAAAUGAUGGAGAUUAGCCAGGUACCAGUAAAACUCAAUUUGCGACAGUAAAACCAGCAUUAACGUCUGCUAAUGGUUAAAACCAACAUAGUUAUCCUCUAUUUAAAUAAUGUUGUAUUUUCAUAUUUACAACAUCAGUAUCUGUAUGUUCAGUUUCAUUCUAAUCGUCCUGAUGUUUGCAGCGUCUCAAACUACAUUUUAUUUCUUAAUACAGUCAAACCCAUCUAAACCAGACCCUGAACAAACUGGCAUCCUAUCAAAACCGGCCAAGUUUUAUGGCAACACAUUUUAUAAAUUACAAAAUGUGACCCUCUAAACACGAGAUCCUGCCUAAAUGGGAUAAAUGUGAGGUCACUGGCAGGAUCCAGUUUAGACAGGCUUCACUGUAGACAGUUUGUUUUGUACACACUCGACCAGGUGUGAAAUUAUUGGGAGGUGAUCAUCUUGUCAAACAUUAGUAUUAAAAAUUCCUUGUAAAUAAAUAUAUAUAUAUACACACACAGAUACUGAUAUAUCUUACGAUGGCAGCAACCUCGGAACAGUCUCUUUUCAAUACUAUUAUAUGUAAAAACCAGUCUAGCGAGGGGUCCCGAGCACUUGGUCUCCUGGACACGACUCGAACGUAGUCCCCUGGUUUCUUCGUGAGAUGUUGUUUCCUCUCAUUGUUACAGUGUCAUUAGACUGUUAUCAAUUAAUUUUACAGUGUUCAGCGUAUAUUUGAGGAAGUUGCCUGAUCUGAAUGAGGUGUGCGCUAGUGACCAGUGUAUUGUAGUACAUUUGUAAUAAGGGAGCUAGUAGGUUUCGUUAUCUCGUUCUACAACCAGUCCAUUAAGAAAUAACCAAUUUUUGUGGUGUACAUCAACAACUGAGAUGUACUGGUUUCAGUUUUUGUAAUGGACACACAUGAAUCAGGCUCUUGAUCUUUGUUGGUCUCAUUUUGACAUUGUGCAGGGAUUUAAAUUGCAUCAUAGUCAUCACAAUAAAUGUCUUAAAUUACACAUGCCCAAAAUAAUCAUGCCCAAAUAAGUACAAAUGUGCUGACAAAAUAAUAUUUCUCCUCAAAACUACUGAAAUGUUAAUUUUCAUUCAAUUAAACUAACUUGAAAUGCAUUUCUAAAUAUUGACAACUCUCCAUCAGCUGUUAAUGACAGUGCUGAACUGAAAUGACCUUCCUGCACUCAAAAAAGACAAAUGUUGCCAUUGUGCCCAAACUAUUGAGAUCUAAAGCCCCCCUGUGAUGUACAAGACAUAUCAGUCAGAUUUUAUCUGAACAAGGCUUGUUGAUUUAAUAUUCAAAUGCUUAUUCAGCCAACAGAUCUGCCAUCAUAAGUUUUAUGAGUUCUUCAUCAGUCCUGUCAUCAUAAGUUUUAUGAGUUCUUCAUCAGUCCUGUCAUCAUCUACAUUACACUUGUUCCUUGAUUCUCAUCCUGGGAACGAGAACAGAAAACAUCUCGGCAGAUCAGUUUUCGAAUGUGAUAACGAAACCUCUCUAGUAUCCAUGAGUACAGACUAAGAACUUGUAGAUUUGGUAAAAACCCUGAACCACAAUUACAUUCCUUUCAUCUGUUAGUCUGCCUGGAAUCAUAAAUAGGACCAAUUUUAGAAACAUUUAGUUUUAAAUUAAGAAAAAAUGGGGACAUUUAAAAAACAAAAUCGAGCCAAAUUUAGGAAAAGUGAUGAUUGCAAUUUUAUUUUAUAUGUAUGUAAGUCUUAAACACAAACAAUAAGAUGUAUGUGUGAGGCUAAACAUCUGCAUUCAUCAUAAAAUAUUUAUUUAAAUUUACCCAGCUAUUUAGGAAAGAUAGAUAAGAUUAAGUAAUAAGUAGCUUUUAUUAAAUUUUUAUUUGUUUUUAUAGAUAGAACUCUUAUUUCUGCUAAAAUGGUGGAUUGGUUUGCAGACAACGAGAAUUUUUUUUUUUUUAUCAGUGGUUUUGAUACAUGUCUUAUAUUUAUGCAGACCUAAGACUAGUCCAAAGAAAGGGUUUUUUUUUUGCUCCCCCUUAGUUGGCCUAUGUAAUAUUUUUAAAAUACAGUAACUAGUACAUGUACUACAAAAAGAUUACAUACCAAUGUUCAGUAUAGAUGGGAAGUAAGGUAAUAUCUUAAAUGUAAUUAAUCACUCCCAUCAAUUUUAUUUUACUGUGAGGUUUGAUUUCUGACUUGUGUAAAGGAUUGAAAAUCAGGCCCUUUGCUUGUAAAACUGCAAAACAGUCUGAACUUGGAUGUCCACAAAGUCUGCUGAAUUUAACUUCAUGACAGUGCUAAACAAACGGCAUACAGCAGUUAAUGACCACACUCAAAUCUGGCCUUUUGAAUGAUUUAUAUGUCCUUGUGUCUUGAUAAAGUGUUGCUAUUAUCCCUUAUGGGUUCAGUCGUGAUUAGUUUGCAUAAUAGAGCACAUAAAAUACAGUGUAUAAAUUAGUUACAUGUAGUUAGUGGAAUGCAGAAUGCUACAAUGGUAUUUUUAUUGGUCAAAAUGCAAGUCAACAGGCUGGUAAAUCAACAAAUUGUAACAAUUGAAGUCAUCGAAUUUACAUAUUUUAUUAAAACUUUCCUUUUUGUCUGUCUCGUAUUUUCACUAUUUCCAGGCUGUGAUUUUAUUCGAUUUCUUUGUUUAUUCUUCAGCGUUUAAUGUAGUGAUUAAUCGUUUUAUCUUUUUUUAAAUUUAUAUCUUUUUGUUUAUCUUUGAGCUAUUAUAUUUAUAUGUAUUUACAUUUAACACUGAUCAAAUCUAACUUGAGAAUAUUGUCAUGUAUUAGUUUAGAUACAUGUAUACUGGGAGGGAAUGUUUCAUUUUCUAAAGCAGUAACUUUCACAGCAUCAGUAUUUGUAAAUAUUAACUAGAACUUUAUUGAAAUAUCUUUGGUUAUUUUUAAACUCAUAUAUGACAUAUCUUAAAUUAAGAAUUUGUUAUAAAAUAUUUGUAGAGAUUAUUGAUUCUUGCAAGUCCACUUCUAUCCUCUUGUAGGAAUAGUUUCAAAAUUCUCCACUGGAAUAAUGGUUUUACUUCUGAUUGAAGUGUUAAAUAAAUUUGUUUUCUGUUAAUAAUAAUUAAAAUUAUCUUUAAUAUCAGAAAAUAUUCCAUAUUAUUAUAAUGUUGGCUAAAUCAGAUCAGUGUGGCAAAAAUUGUGCCAUAUAGAGAACCAGUUUAAUGUGCCAUAAGUGUGUGUGUGUGCAUUAUUAAGUCAUUUAGAUUAGAAUUUGUUGAUCUUUGUUAUUAUUUGGAUUUAACGUUAGUUAGAACUUGUACACUGUACAUAUGUAAGCCAUUAAACAGUUUUUGAAUGAU